AUGGACGCGGCGAUUGACCGACUGACGAAGCUGUACGUGGAGAAAGACGAAGGAUUGCUGGCAUUGAGCUCGUACCUCUGCUCCACCCAUCCGAUUCUGCUGGGCUUGCUGACGGCUAUGAAAGAAGAGCUGCCGAUUCCCUUCUAUUACAGCUUCCAUGGCAUGACAUCGACGCUGAAAAUGACCGCGCCGAAGUACAUCGAGAUCGCCUCGGCGCUGCGUCGGGCCGGCUACCAGACCUCGCAGAGCCACUGCGAUCCGCUGGCGUUGAAGACGGACGCGCCGGGAGCGGUGGUGUUCGACAUGUUCCGCGCGUACUUCCAGCAGUUCCAGAAAGAAGCGAAGAAGGAGUGGCUGGAGGCGCUGCCGGACGGGUUCGUGAAGAAGUGGCUGACGGAGCCGGCGAGUGGAAGGUAUGACUUCACGGUGCUGGAGGAGAUGAAGAAGGAGUACGAGUUCGCGCGAUUCCCUGGGAAUCCGGAGCCGAAUUGGGGUCCGAAGGCGCGCGGCAGUUUGAAGCGAUCGAAGAUGGAUAAUGAGCUUUGGAGUGUUUGUUGGAAAAGGGAAGCGAACAAACAAGGAAGAAAGGAGGAUUCGAAUUGA